UCAUAACAAUAAAUCUUGUGUGUUGUCUUCAUGAGUGGUUGCAGUACAAAGGAAAUAUAAUACUUCUACAAUGGAAGAGGUGUUUCAAGAUCUCAAUCGUCAAUUCAUAAGACUAAAAGCCAGAGAUAAAAAAUACAAUAACAUUAUAUUACAUUCAGUGUUAGAGGAUAUUAUAAAUAGAAUGCGUGCUUGCGAUAACCUGUUUGACAGCAUGAAUCCAAGAUUGGACUAUUUAGGUAGUUACUAUGAUGGCCUGCGUGUGGGGGAGCCUAACGAAUACGAUAUAAAUGUUAUAUUACGAAUUCCGAUUGAUGAUAAUAAAAUAAUUUUGGAUGCAAGAGAAUCGGAAUGUGGGCAUACUUGUAUCAUAUUGCCAUCAGAAUUUAGACGAUUAGCUAAAACUCCGGCCACAGCUAAUAAGGGUUAUGUAAAAACUUUAAUGUGGUGUGAUACCAAGCAUCGUUUUUCCGUAACGAAAUUUCGUUCGUGGAUUCAAAGUGUAGUGGAUACAACAUUAAAUACUUUACCUGUGAAAGAUGAAAAGAGAUUUAUAAAUGUAAAUAAUAUCUGUUACUUCAUUGAAUCAAAACGAUCUGGACCAGCCAUUACGAUUAAUAUUAUAAAAUGCAAUAAUACGGUUAUUGAUGUGGACUUGGUACCAACUUUUGCUAUUACUCUACCAAAGAAACCAAUUAACUCGUCGAUUUCAUUCACAAAAGUAAGUGCUACUAAUAUACAACAAUAUUUUGUUGUACCAAAACCAACGCAGAAUGAUUUCAGUUGGCGUUUAACAUUUCCGAUUCAGGAGCGACUUUUGAUUAGGAGUAAAAACAAUUUAAAAAGCACGAUAAGAUUGUUAAAAUAUUUACGUGAUGUGCAGGGUUUAAAAAAUCUGUCUAGUUACUAUAUAAAAACUUUAUUUUUAUGGGAGAUUGUUCCAGAAAAUGAACUGAUGUGGAAAAAUAAAUCAUUGUCGUUUUUGGUAAUCUACAUGUUGAAAAAGCUUAGAGAUUGUCUUAUGAAAGGUGAGAUAAAAAAUUACUGGUGCCCUGAACAUAACCUUAUUGAAAAAAUUAAAAAGAAUACUUGCCAAAAUUGGGGAAAUAGAUUAAAUGUAAUAGUAAAUGCGUUAGAGAGAAAAGGAAAAUGCAAUGCUAGCAUAGUUCUGGAUUAUUUCAUUAAGAAUAAAAAAGAUCCCGCAGGAUAACUGGUUUACCAAAAAUAUAUCCUGACCAGAAAGUACAGAGUACUUUGUAUUAGUAAAAGAGGCCUCAUACCAUGUUCAAAUAGGUAAUAUACAUGUAUCUACUUAACUACAUAAUGGAUGGAAACCCUUUGUACAGACAGGACGAUUUGUGUCGUUUUGUUCUUUUUUUUUUAAAAAUCCACUUUUGGUGCUAUCGACUGGAAU